CUCAAGGGCAAGUGUGGUUCCACCCGGCAGGUGGAGGAGUGAUGUCCCAUGCCUGCGGCAGAUGAUGACAAGGAUGACUCAGGGACUGAAUCCGGCGACCAGCAGCGGCGAGUGCUGGUUGACCAGGUGAAGAGCAAUCAGAAGGCGUCGGUACCCUUCCAGCAAGCCUGGCGCUCCUACUGCGAUGCCCACGGCGGCGGCUUCUAUGAUCCCGCCAGGCACUCGGCUCAGUUCCUGGAGGACUUCCUGAAGACGGCGGCGAAAGGUACGAAGAGCAAAGCAAAGAAGGAGAGCGAGAGCAGCGAGAGCUCCAGCAGAAGUCGUGCGCGGAGACGUCGCAGACAUGGCCGGCGGCACACUCGCGGGCGCAGGCGCCGGAGGGAGAGGCGGGAUCGGCGAGAUCGGCGAGGCCGGAGGCGCAAGAGAUCGCGCUCCUCUUCGUCGGCGCUACCGUCCCGUGCCACCGCCAUCAAGGGCGCUGAGCGUGCCGUGGCCGCCGCCACCAAAGAGCUCGAGGCGCUGAGCGCGAAUGCCGUGGAUGACGAGGAUGCCAUCCAGGAGGAGCAGAGGAGGAAAGAGGUGGAAAAGGCGCUGGAGAAGGUCCAGUCUGAUGCGGCAGCUGAGCUGCAGGAGAAGUUGCGGGAGGCCGAGGCCAGGCUGGCGGAGGAGAAGCAGACGCGGCUCAGCGAGGCCGAGGACAAGCUGAAGCAGGCCAUCGUGGAGCGGCUGAAAGAUGCGGAAGUCAAGUUCCGGGCGGAGGAGCAGGGCCGGAUCGAGGACGCCCGGCUGAAGGCCAAGGCGCGUGUCAAGGCGUUGAUGGACGAGGUUCCCACAGGCAUUCAUGGAUCCCGACCGAGUAUCUGGGCUGGAGGCGCGGCCCAAGAUCGAGGCCUCCUGGGCCGAGCAGAUCUCGGGGCUGGCGCAGCGUGCGAGAAUUGCGCGAGAGGCGGCGGACGCCCUACGGUCCGGGAAGGCCAAGAAUGGCAGCGCAUGAUGGCCUGAUCAAGUUGAAGCUUGCCGGAGGUGCGCCGACCGGCAAGGUCAAGACCCUGGCCUUGGCAAGCGCCGGUGUGACGAGGGCGGGCG